GAGAGAGGGAGAGUGGGUACGUUUCACAGGAUCCAGGCCUAGUAGUAGUGCCGCUGGGACUUUCCUCAUCCGCUUUCAAAAAAUCUGAAAUUGGCCCCUUUGGAGGGCAGGAUGAGCGGGGCGGGGGCCGCCGGCGCGGUGGGCGACGCCGGAAUGGGAGGAACGAUGCCAGCAUGAGUGGGCCUCACGCAGGCCCUGGAAGGAAGACUCCUCAAUCCGGCUGCCCUUUGACCUCUCCCCGUGACCUGUCCGCCCACUCCGGCCCCGCAGAAAGACAUGGUCACGCAACCGGCCUGAGCAUGUCCGCCGCCGCCUCCUCCCUCAAGCGCACGUCCGUCUAUGGGUUCUCACAGAUGGACCACUCCUCCCUGUCCCCCUCGUCUUCCUCCUACAGCCCUCUGAGGAGGCUGCAGCAUCUCACCACCAUGGUGAGCCAGCCCGACCUGGUCCUGCCGGCCAGGGAGCCGGAGCGGGGCUGGGAGUGGGGGCCACGGAAGAAGGAGAAGGGGAAGGGAAGGGACUCGUGGGAUGGUUGCAGAGAUUAUCCCGGCUCUCUGAUUACUCCCGGAAACGAGAAGUUUGCUCAUUCUCCUUCCGGACGAAAGCAAGCCGAGGUCCAAAAUGGGAAUACGGACGCAACCGGGGAGAAUUGUACCGAUUCUGCCGCCUUGGAGAAAAAGAGCGAGGGUUGUUUCUCAGGCCCGCCGAGCCCGGCCUUCUCCCUGGAGAGCAGCAGCCCCUUUGCGAACGGAUUACUCCACUUUGAGUCCUCUCUGUUUGAGGAUGAGGUCAACAACGAAGAACGAGGAGCCGCGUCAGCCGGCGGAGGCACGCCGAACAAAAACCAGAGGACGGAGAGUGGUUCUCAGUCCCCUCCCAACAAUGUCAUUCCGGACUCCAAGGACGCCGCGCCGUCAUCGGCCAAGGUGGUCACGCGCUCCCAGUCGUCCGGUCAGCGCAGGAGAUACUGGGACGGCUCGGAGGACGAGUGGGAAAGCGACUCCGAGCUGCUCCUGUUUGAAGAUAGUCUUUCAAGGCGCUCAGUGCAGCCGAGCGGCCAGAGGAGAAAGUCUUUGCCGCCUCUGAAGUUUGCGGUGGGGGAAGUUGUUUGGGCAAAGUUCAAUCGAAGACCGUGGUGGCCCUGUGAGGUGAUUGUUGACCCUGUGCAGGACGUCUAUCACAAACUCAAAGAGCCCUGCGAUCGCCUCUGUCGGCUUUACCAUGUCAGGACCUUCGGGGAGCCCGAGGAGCUGGUCUGGGUGGAGGAAAAAUCCAUCCACAUUUUUAAAGGAGGAUUUGAAUUUGAUCAACUCCAUCUUCACCGAAGGGGAAAGCAAAGGGAGCAGAAUAAUAAAUGCACUAUUCCUAAACGCUUUCAGGAUUCGUGGAAUUGCAGCGUGGCGGAGGCUGAAUCUUUUCUGCUGGCGAGACCCAGAGUGGCUUCCUCCGAGUCCACAACCACAGACGAUCCCUUACACUGCAGGCCCCCCCCAGAGAGGGAGAACGAGCCUCAGCCUGCGAGCUUUCCUCCUCCCACGUCACCGUUCCCAACCCUUUCUGAAACAUUGCACAUACCUAACGGAUCAGAUCCAUCCCCGGCUACGGAUCCAACCAAGCCAAGCACUUUAAGAAAAUCUUCUGGCAAGAAGAAACAGACUAAAUCCUCCAAGGACACAGGUUGUAAACACUCUAACAAGACUCCGCAUGACAGCUCUGGCCAGUCAACCGGGGAUAACGGAGAGUGCCCGUACUCUGACCUCGACUCGGUCCCCAAGAUUCUGUGUCCUAAAGCGCUGGAGCGUCAGUCCGGCCUCGCUUCCUCGCAGCCGUCCGUCACCGUCGUCAAAGAGCAAAAGAAACAGCCCGAGGUCCAGACGGGUCUUUGGUUCAGUAAAUCAGGCAAAGACAGACGACCUAAAACAACCAGUCCAGCGCCGGACCGCUCCCUAUUUAGUAAAACACCCUGCAAGAAAAAGAACUCAUCCGCUCCGAGUAAAAAGAUACUGGUUCCCUGUGCCUCCUCCCACAGCGGGGCGGCCAGUGACCAGGCAGCGACGUCCGACCAGAACAAGACAGUCGAUACCAAAUUGUUAGCUGAAAGUUGUGGAACUUUGAAAUGUAAACACAAACCGGCUGGUAGUAAGCCUUUCGAUGUGAGUGGUAGUUCUGCUGAGCCGCCUGUAUCUCCGGACAAGCAGAAAACCCCGGCGUCAGUUGAGAGUUUGUCUUCAAAGAGUAGACAGACAGACAGUCGUCCAGCUGAUGCUGGUGUCGACCCGUCAUCUGGCCCGCCAGUUGUUAACAAGCAAUUGGAGCCCUCGAAGAAAGUAGAAACAGUUGGACAGCCUAGUUUUUCAAAGAGUGUAAAAAAUACCAAUCUAGCUCAACAUCCAGUUGCGAAAGCUACGAAAAAUAAGCUUAAAGUGACUGAGAAGAUUUGUGACCAAGAAGAGAACGGUAAGAAGAAGACGUCAACAACUCGCUCGCAAACUGAGUCCACUGAUUCCUUAUCAAUACUAGAAAAGCAAAAGAUUCUAGUCUCCAAAUGUAGGCUGCCCUUCGUUAAAUUAAUACGCAAGGAGAUAAAGGAUAGGAAGUACCUGAACUCCAGCGUGACUGUUUGUGCCGCCGAGCAAACUGGAUGCACAAAGACGGAGAAAGCCCCAGACAAAGACGCCGCUAAAACAUGCUUGCAUAAAUCAGACCGGACAGACAGCGAGGCAAGGGCCUCCGUAGAUCACACAGUGACUUCCGAACCCAUAAAGGUGUCAGUCAAGAAACUCAAAGCUAGUAAGGGGGCAGGUUUGCUUCAUCUCUCAUCAGAGCCGUCACAUGGGAACAGUACUGCAGCUUCAAAGGCACGUGCAGACGACUUGGGGAACACGGAAGCAGAGCAGGUUUCGGUUUUGGACGUAAGCCCAAGCGAGGAGACUCAUUCAUCGCCCAAACAGACGGACAAGUCAGAACGCGAGAGGACCGCCAUCUCCAAGGCAACGGCCGAGUCCUCAGCCGAGCCCUCGAGUUCUCAGCAGGUGGAGAGUUUAGAGCAAAACAUUUCGCCGGCCACAUCUUCCGCUGCGACUAUGUCGCCUUCUCACCACCGUGGAGACCUGCCAUGUGAGAGUCCUCCGGCGCCCGAGGGCUCGUCUUCUGGGAAAUCCCAGGAAGCCGCUCUCAGAUCAAAGCAGGUUUCAGUUGAAGAAAAAGUCAUUCGAGAGCAGCCUGCGCACCUUCCGGCCAGCAAUCGGCUCAUGACCAGAGCGCUGAAGGCCAUGCGUGAGGCGGGCCAAAAGAAGCGUGAAAAAACCCGGAAACGUGCCGAACAGAAACUGCUCUCGGGCCCAGUCAGGAAAGUCCAGGACCUUGCGCCGAAUCCAGAGGCCAAAGUAGGCUUUUGCACUAACGUAAAACCUGUGAAACCUCACUGCGUUGACAAUGGCAUAUGUAACCGGGACAAGUUCUCCAAGUCUGGCUCUCCUUCUUCUCUACGUUCUGAUUCCAAUGACCGUGAAACCGAUGUCAAGAGUGAGGAGGAAGACCUCUCAAUAUCCUCAACGCCACCCAUGGACUUCAUACCCCUUACGUCAAAAGUAAAAGCAAAACAUGAAGCUCAAUCUUCGAGGAUGUACUCCUCAUCUUCAUCUUCCUCCCCAUUUUCCUUCAUCAAUGCCUUCAAAAAUUUGGAAGAGGUUUCCUUCCAGUCUGUGACGAAUGAAAGAGAUGGUAAACCCGUCUCUUUCAAGCCAGACACAAACUACAAGUUCAGCACUUUCCUCAUGAUGCUGAAGGACUUGCAUGACACCAGAGAGCGAGAAGGGACGCCCCUCGAACUGGAGAUCGGGCAACCAAGCGCGCAUGUUAAGGAGGAACCCUUAGUGAUACCAACAGAGGCCACAUCUGCAGGGCAAGAUCCACAAAAUAAACAUGUUCUGGGCAAUUCAAGUGCAAGUCGAGACAAAACUUUGGUCACGCAAAAAGAAUGUGGCACAGGUCAGACUCCCAAGAGGCCCUAUAAAAGGAAGGUUGGCUCUGUUGGGUUUAAAAGGAAACCCAACUGCAGAGUACCUUGUCGUCCCGCCAGGUCUGGACCAGGUUUCCCAGGGCUGGAGUCUUUGCCAAGAAUGGCGUCCUUGUCAGCAUCAGCCUCGAAAGUGGAGUGCUCGUCAAGAGUGCUUGAAAUCCAGAGUGGCGGCUGGGAGAGACGGGCCGGAGGUGGCGAGGGAGCGGCUGGGGCCGAGGAGGAGGAGAGGCUGAGCAGAGUGAAGGAGAAUCUCCAAGUCACAGUGCCUUUGGAAAAGAGGGAGCGUGCGGCAGGUCUGUGUCUGGAGCAGGCUCACAGCCUUGUUUCAGACUGCACUAAUGACACCAGGAGCUUGAUUGGCAGAGCCGGGGGAGUGGACAAGUCUCCAGGAGCACAUAAACGGAUCAGAAAACCAAGCAAGAGACUGAUAGAGUGGACCGAAGAGUACGACCAAAUCUUCUCCACGAGGAAGAAAACCAAAAAGCCUCUCCAGUUGAUUGGAAAGGUCACUCAACCCAUUACCUCCCUGUCUGAAGAUCCGGGGUCGGACAAGGAUGCACACGACCUCCCGUCCACGGCCUUACCUCCUGAAGUACAGACCCCGCCUCCCGAGGAAAUCGCUACCAUCACUCCUUCUGAAAUACAGAUUCCCAGCACUGAAAACACAUGUCCCCCAGAUACGCCAGUGCUUUCCAUCGAUACGCUAACGCCUCCUCCAGAAGUUGAGCCCUUGCUACCAGAAGAGCUUGUCAAAAACAACGGCCGUGCGCCGGUGUUGGAGAAGAAGCGGAAGAGGAAACCGACUCAGAAGAUCCUCGAGUACUGUCUGGAGGCAGAGGCGUCACUGGGCCCCAAGAAAAAGAUCAAAGGACUGAAAUCGAACUCGAAUGCUUCUCCUCAAGCCGAUUCUGCGCCGGCGCCUCUGAAACUGAAGAGUAACCCGGAGCCGGCGUUCACCUCCACACCCUCCCCUGAGGUUUCCCCCUGUGCACCCCCACCUCCCCUUCAGACCAGUCCCAGCGCUCCAGAACCCUCCACGGCAGCGCCACUCCCACCUGAACCCAAACAGGUGGAAACGGCACCAGCAGACACAGAUGUUCAUCAGCCUGAUGACACUCACAUUCAGGAAGACACGAAGGAUGUGACGGAGACAGAGGGGGACCAGUCCGGCCUCGACCACAGCUUCUCCUCGGUGAAGGAAGACUUGUCGCUAUGUGACGACUCAGUUUCACCAGCGAGGAAGAUAAUUGGAGACCGAGGAGGCCCCGCCUCCAUGAAAGAGACAAUCUGUCAGGUAUGUGAGAAGACGGGGGAGCUGCUCCUCUGCGAGGGACAGUGUUGUGGAGCCUUUCACCUGCCCUGCAUCUCUCUGGCUAAGGCCCCGAAGGGGAAGUUCGUCUGUCCAGAGUGUAAAUCGGGUAGCCACACCUGCUUUGUGUGUAAAAAACGCAGCCUGGAUGUGCGACGCUGCAUGAUCCCUGUGUGUGGGAAGUUCUAUCAUGGGGAGUGUAUCACAAACUACGCCGCGACCGCACCGGUGAACCGAGGCUUCCGCUGCUCCAUCCACGUCUGCCUCACCUGUUUCAUCGCCAACCCCAACAGCUCCUCCAUCUCUAAAGGUCGCCUGGUGCGAUGUGUGCGCUGCCCGGUAGCCUACCACGCGACGGACCUUUGCAUGGCCGCGGGAAGCGUCGUGCUCUCCAACAACAGCAUCAUCUGCCCCAAUCACUUCACGGCUCGCCGUGGUGUCAAGAACCACGAACACGUCAACGUCAGCUGGUGCUUCGUCUGCACUGAAGGGGGGAGCCUGCUGUGCUGCGAGUCUUGCCCUGCUGCGUUUCACCGCGAGUGUCUCAACAUCGAGAUGCCAAAAGGCAGCUGGUACUGCAACGACUGCAAGGCUGGGAAGAAGCCUCGCUACAAGGACAUCCUCUGGGUGAAGGUGGGACGAUACAGGUGGUGGCCGGCAGAGGUCAGUCAUCCCAAAACAAUCCCAGACAACAUUCAUCGGAUGCGGCACGAUGUCGGGGAGUUCCCUGUUCACUUCUUUGGCUCCAACGACUACCUGUGGACCUACCAGGCCAGAGUCUUCCCUUACAUGGACGUGGAUGCUAACAGCAAAGAGAAGAUGGGGAAAGGUGUCGAUGCGACCUACAAGAAAGCUUUGGAGGAGGCAGCUGUGCGGUUUCGGGAGCUGCAGGCAGAGAAGGAGCUUCGCCAGCUACAAGAGGACAGGAAAAAUGACAGGAAACCACCACCAUACAAACACAUCAAGGUGAACCGGCCAAUAGGAAAGGUUCAGAUCUUCACAGCUGACCUGUCAGAGAUCCCCCGGUGUAACUGCAAGGCGGCGGAUGAGAGUCCGUGUGGGAUGGACUCCGAGUGCAUCAACCGCAUGCUGCUGUAUGAAUGCCACCCGCAGGUUUGCCCGGCGGGAGAGCGAUGCCUCAACCAGGCGUUCUCUAAGCGCCAGUACAGCCAGGUGGAGAUCUUCAGGACGCUGUCUCGAGGGUGGGGACUCCGCUGUGUCCACGACAUCAAGAAGGGCCAGUUUGUCAGCGAGUAUGUAGGGGAGGUGAUUGAUGAGGAAGAGUGCCGGUCAAGGAUCAGACACGCUCAAGAACAUGACAUCUGUAACUUCUACAUGUUAACUCUGGACAAGGACCGGAUCAUCGAUGCCGGGCCGAAGGGGAACGAAGCUCGCUUCAUGAACCACUGCUGUCAGCCAAACUGUGAGACCCAAAAGUGGACAGUGAGUGGGGACACCCGGGUGGGACUGUUCGCUCUGGUGGACGUCAGCGCGGGCACAGAGCUGACCUUCAACUACAACCUGGAGUGCUUGGGGAACGGGAAGACCGUGUGUAAAUGUGGAGCGCCAAACUGCAGCGGCUUUCUGGGUGUCCGGCCAAAGAACAACCCUCCGUCUGACGAAAAAGGCCGCAAGCUCAAGCGGAGAGGCCACGGCAAGAAGAAGAAAAAGGUGGUGUUGACCAAAGAAAGGGAAGACGAGUGUUUCAGCUGCGGAGAUGGAGGACAGAUGGUUUCCUGCAAGCGACCCGGAUGUCCCAAAGUUUACCACGCAGACUGCCUGAACCUCACCAAGAGGCCCGCUGGUCGCUGGGAAUGUCCGUGGCAUCAGUGUGACGUCUGCGGGAAGGAGGCCAAGUCCUUCUGCGAGAUGUGCCCCAGCUCCUACUGCGCUCAGCACCGCGAAGGCCUGCUCUUCAUCUCCAAACUGGACGGCAAGUUGUCCUGCAGCGAGCACGACCCCUGCGGGCCCGACCCGCUGGAACCGGGAGAGAUCCGAGAGUACGCGCCCGAGCCCAGAACCCUCACCUCGGGGCUGGGCAUGGCUGUGAUCCCCUCUGCCGCCUCCAGCGCUCCCAGCGGCCUCACCCAGGCCGGCAGGAGCGUGCCGGAGGGCGGCGGCGGGGGAGGCGUGUGUGCGUCGGAGUCGUUUCCUGCUUUUUCCAUCCCCGUACCCAUCACCAUUCCUGUCGCUGCUCCCGCCGCCUCCCCUCAGCACAGCAGCUCUGACGCCCCCAGCAGCCCGCACGUGUUCGACCUCCCGCACUACUCGCCCAUCUCUUCCUACGAGGAGGAGAGGGAUGUUUUAGAUGAAGAAGACGAAGAGGAGCUGCUGGCGGAAGAGGAGGAGGAGGGGGAAACUAAAGUCUGA